AUGGACGGAUGCGCAGCGCCGCCGGGCUCAGCCGCCGAGGGGAUGGAGGGGCGCAACAUCGACCUUGACUUCGGGCGCGUGGAGAUCUUCCGCGAACGCACCCGAUUGGUCACGUUCAUGCGCCCGAUGACGCAGGAACUCAUCAGCUACUCGAUCACGCGCAGUGCGCCCACCGACCUGGUCAGGCGCAACUUCGCGCUGGACCACCGCCAGGGGGUGCUGGCGCCCGCGCAGGACUUCCGGCUGCUGGUGACGUACCAGCCGAUCAUGCGCAGCGGCCGCGACCUUGAAGUGUUCGACUACACCGACAGCGACGGCGAGCACAUCAAGAUCACAGUGAGGGGCGUGGCUGAAGGGCCGCGUUGCAUGCUGUCCGUCAACCGGCUGCAGUUUGGUGGGCGGGGCGAGCGCAAAGUCGAGCUGCGCAACGCUUCGCCGACGUCAGCCCGCUUCCAGAUCCAUCACCCAGAGGGCGAUGCUUUCCAGGUGCGUCCGCUGGAGGGCGUGGUGGCGCCGCAUGGCUACGCGUUUUUGAGCGUGCGCUUCUCUCCGCCGCGAGGGGGCGUGUUCGUGCGCAAGAUCUUCUGUCUGGUGUGGAACUGCGAGCCCCUGAUGCUGCACCUAGCGGGUGGGGAAGGGGUGGGGCCCAGCCCCACCCCGAUCGACGAGCUGUGCGGCUUCGCCGCCUACUUCGAGGAGGGGGCAGUGACGGUGGAGCCGCCCAGUUUUGACGUGGGCUUUGCCCCCACUCCCAGCACUUUGCUGGCGAACAUCAGCAACCAGAGCGCGAAAACAGUGCAGGUGGACUGGCGCCAGCAGACAGGGGGGCGGGUGGUGGUGGCGCCGCCCACUGUGGAAGUGCCGCCCCUUGGCCGCCAGCAGAUCCAACUGCAGCUGGCCGCUGCCGCCCCCUAUGGCCUGCUGCACGAAACCCUGCUGGGGCAGGUGGACGCCGCCACUUGCCUGUCUUUAUAUGUGCAAGCCCACUCCUUCCCAGCCAAUCAGCAGUGGAUCAGUCACGUGCAGCUGUUGCCCGAGACAGUUUAUUGGCCGCCGUGUGCGCCUGGCGACGUUGCCAACACCACGUUUCUAAUGCGCAACCGCAGCCACCUGCCCGUGCAGUUCCGGCUGGAGUCGCCCAAGGCGACCAACAUCAGGGUGAAGCCCCGCAUGGGCGUGUUCCGGCACUGGCAGAUCGUGGCAGUCCGGCUGCAGACCGAGCAGGGCGCGGCCAAGGCCUACAUGGAGGCGUGGCAAGUGGUGGUGAAUGGGCGGGCGCUCCCCCUCUACUUCCACGGGCUGACGUGCGUGCCUCGCGUCGAAAUAGGGCGGGGCAACCGCAUCGACGCCGGCGCCGUACAGGACGGCUCCCAGAAGGAGGUGGAGGUGCCGAUGAGAAACUCCUCCCUCUGCCCGGUGGACUUUCAGUUCCAACUGGGCAAGAUGGUGGGCGUGGCGCCGAUGACGGGCCGCCUGCCGCCCAAUGAGACGCUGACGCUGGUUGUCAAGGUGACGGGCAGCCAAUGCGCGCCCAGCACCGAACGCUUCCACUGCCUGCUGCGCAUUGUGGACGCCAGUGGCGCCGUCACCGGCCACAGCCACGACCUGCCCGUGGACAUUGUUGCCGAGUGCUCGUAUUCCCAGCUUUGCGCCUGCCCCAGUUCGGAGGACUUUGGUCGGGUGCCCUUCGGGCACCGCCUGAAAUGUCAGUUUGACGCGUCCAACUUCGGCAACACCGCCGUCUACUUCCAGGCCUGUCAGAGUGGCGAGGACAAAAACAUCCACAUCAGGCCCAGCUUUGGCGAGGUGAAGGCGCGCGAGAGUCAGCGCUUCAUGGUGGGCGGCGUCGCCUCCAUAGUGGGCGGAGCCACGCUGAGCUUCGGCUACUACAACAGGCUGGUGAAGGACUCGCCCUUGGUUACCGGCACGCCCACCGCGCUGUUUACACUUCGCUAUGAGGCCGAGUUUCCGAUCGUGCAGAUAGAGGGAGUGGUGGAGCACAACUUUGGCGCCCUCUUCGCCAGGCGCGACCUCUACGAGGCGUACUUGGGCGUGGCCGCGCUAAACCACGCCCUCCGCCACGUUGCCAACGACCAAACGUUGGAGCAUCGAUCGCGAUUGCCCGAGCUGCCAGUCGACGGGGAGCAGGAGUUCUGGGCGCGGCUGACGCUUGGAAAUGUCAGCGACUUUGACACCGACGUGACCCUCAAGCGGCUCAAGCUGUGCGACUGCACCAUGCAGGAAAUCAGCGGCGGCCUGUCGAAGCGUGGGCGGGGCUUCCAGUGCCCGCAUCGCCCCGCCCUCAGCAUCACGCCCCUGGCGCUCAGCCUGCCGGCCGGCGCCAGCAAAGUGGUGAACAUUGUGGUCAAGUACGGGGUGGCAGGGGCCACGCCCCUGGGCUUCGCCCUCCGGCUGAGCAACAACCGCACGGUUUUGUGGCACUUUGAGGUGUACGGGGUGGACCCGGAUGAGCCACGCCUCUCCACCUACACGCCCACCUUCCGCAUGGAGCUGGCGCCGGUUUCGCUGGGCGACCACCUGCCGCCCCUGCAGUGCUUCUGGCUGUACAACUGCAGUGGGCGGGCGAUCCGUUGGCAGGUGGACGGCAGCGCCCUCCAGUGGCUGCUGGUCGUUAACCCUGUCGACGAGAUCCAGCCGCAGACGCGCAAGCCCUUGCUCGUCAAGUUCCAGCCAGUGGAGACCCAAAUGUACUCAGGCGAGCUGGCGCUCAGCUACGGCUUCGCCGAUGGCCCAGAGGGGGCGCUGGUUGSUGCGCUGCAGCUGCAGGGCCGGGGGUUGGGUGGGGGGGCGCGCCCCCCCACGCCGGUAGCCCCGCCCUGCGCCAGCAGGCUGGGCAGCACCUUUCCCGCCAGUCUCUCGGCUGAUUGGCUGGCGCCGCCCCCACUCCCCACCUGGGGCAGCCACGCCCAGUUGGUCUUCGUGAAAAACACCGCGCGCAAUCAAGUGGUCCAGUACACGUGGAGGGACGUGCGCAUCGAGGGGGCGCUGGAAGUGCGCGUGGAGCCCCCUAGCGGCCUGCUGCUGCCCAAGGAGAUCCACCCGCUGGUGGUGGAGGUGCGCACGUUGGCCACGCCCUGCGUGGCCACCGUGCUGUUGCCAUGCCAACUGGUGCAGUACUCGGAUGCGCUGUUGCACCAGCUGACCGCGGAGCGCCAUCAGGCGGCGCAGCGCCGAAUCGACGAGUUCAUGCUGGACGAGCCGUCAGGCGCCAAACGGCCGGCCAAUCCGAUUCGGGUGGUUCCCGAUCCGCCCGUUUUGUUUGCCUCGCUGGCCGUAGAUGUCGCCUCCAUGCACCCGAAGGACUUUGCCGGCAGGCCGUGGGACGAGCAGGCGCUGCACCCUCCAGAGCCUGCUCUGAGGGAGGGGCGACCGCCGGCCGCCCCCACCCCGGUGGAGGCGGCAGUGUUCAGCCGGGUGCUGGAGGAGGGACUGGCCCAGGUGGUGUUUGGGCAGAAAAUGCGCAGUCUCCUGCUGGGGGCGGCGCGCGCCCCCCACUGCUUCUACAGCCAGUUCACGGCGACCAAUCAGGAGCAGCGGGCGCGGGAAGUUGGGCGUUUCCUCCGCCAGCCCAGCCCGCCUCUGAUGGGGCGCCUUCUGCGCCGCCUGAUCCAUCAGGGCCUGUGCGCAGCCCGAUGCCCCGCCCCUCAGCCGACGCCGCCCAACCUUCGGCAGUCCAUAGUGGGCGCGCGCUACACUUGCCGCAACCAGCAGUGCGCCUGCCGCCCACCCGACACCCACUCCCUGCUUAAUUAG